AUGAGCCUUGUACCGACUGAAGAAUUGAGUAUCGGAAAAUACUUCAUUCCUCAUCAUUUUGUACUCCGUACGGAGAGCAGCACUACUCCUCUUCGUGUUGUAUUCAACGCCUCCGCUAAAGAUGCGAAAGGACUAUCGUUAAAUGAUGUGUUGCUCGUAGGUCCUAAAUUGCAAACGAAUAUUGUUGAAAUUCUUCUAAAAUUCCGCGUUCAUUCUGUUGUUUUCACCGCAGACAUGAAACAAAUGUAUCGACAAAUUCUCAUUCGAGCGUCUGAUCGUGAUUAUCAGCGCAUCUUCUGGCGAUUUAAUGCGGACCAACCCGUGCAAGAAUAUCGUCUUAAUACCGUGACCUACGGCGUGUCUUCCGCACCUUUUCUCGCAUGCCGUACUGUCAAACAGCUGAUUCAUGAUGAGGGUGGUGACUUUCCACUUGCGAGUCAAGUUUUGGGAUCCGAUGUUUAUGUCGAUGACAUAAUAACUGGUUUUAGUAACGUUCGUAUGGCUCAAAAUGCGAAAACUCAAAUAAUCGAACUUUUGAAAAGGGGACAUUUCGAACUCAGAAAAUGGGCUAGUAAUGUACCUCAGUUACUCUCUGAUUUACCACGAGAAUAUUGCUUAACCGAUCCUGUAUCCAUGGAUGUUGACGACAACCCUACUCUCAAGGUAUUAGGUCUUAAGUGGGAUCCUUGUAAUGAUUCGUUCCUUUUUUCAGUAACUCCUCAGCAUAAGAAAUGUUCGAAGCGUAACAUUCUUAGCGAGCUUGCACGUAUAUACGAUCCACUUGGCUUCCUGUCGCCAUUAAUUUUGGUGGCAAAGGUGUUGGUUCAGCGCCUCUGGAUCCUUGAGAUAGGUUGGGAUGAAGACCCUCCCGAUAAUAUAGUCCAGUUUUGGUCUCGAUAUCUUGAACAAUUACCAUUGUUAGAAUCGUUACAGAUUCCCCGUUUGUUUGCUGGACAGGAUUGUAUUUCUUGGGAGUUACAUGGCUUUUCAGACAGUUCGGAAACAGGUUAUGGUGGUGUGAUUUAUUUACGAACCGUGAACGCUGAGGGUAACAUUCAGACCUUCUUUGUUUGUUCAAAGCGCGAGUCGCACCUACAAAAUCCACUUCCCUUCCUAGGUUGGAGCUUUGCGCUGCAGUUCUUCUUGCCGACCUGCUGA